AUGAUCUAUAACUUGAUAUUGUUAAGCCAUGUUUUAGCAGUGUCGAAUCAUGAAUGCUUUUCCACUGUUUCUGAAAAUGCAGGGACAGGCAUUCAUGCCAUAUCAACCUCAGAGUUUAACAUGAAUUUCACUUCAGAAGGUAAAGACCAAAUCCAGAGCAAAGGACAAGCACAACAACUUCUUGUGUACAUAGGGAAAUUAUAUGGAAGCAUAGACGAGUCAAUGAAGUUGAAGGACAAAGUUGAGGAAACUGAAAAUGGGUACAGAGGAGAAGUACUUGGUGGUACCAGAAGAACAUCGCAUGGUGGGAGUUCAGGAGGCGGAGGAAAGAAAGGAAAGGCAGGAACUGGGGGCAGUGCAGAUGUUAGUCGCCGGCCACGCCAAAGUUCGGCAACAUCAAAGCCUCGUUCUUGGGUCUCCACAUUUAACCUAUGGUUCAGUUUGUGUCCUCCUUUUGAAUACUCCCAUGUUGUCACCCAUCAUAUCAUUGAAUAA